AUGUCAAGGUACUCGGGUGUGGCUUGGGCAACACUAUCCGACUUCAACCGCAAGAGCAUCAACCUCGUCACUGAAUGGCCAGACAGCCUCCAGGAAGAAGGCAAAGUCGCAACGGAGAUGUUCUACGAGUACGACAACGAAUUCUGGGGAUAUGGAAUCCCCAAAGAUGCAGACCCUAUCAGUUGGUUCAAGCUCCUUCUUUUGAAAGACGAAGAUACCCCGGAGGAUAUCCGCUCCUCUGAAUUAUUUCUUCGCGCGAAGAAAAAGGUUCGCGAUGAGGGUAAGACUGCUCAGGAUUUGGUGACGGAUUAUUUGAAGCUUCUGUGGAAUCAUACCCUUGAAAUGAUUUUGAAGGCCCGAGGAGAGAAUGUUGUCAACAGUUUGAGGUUUCAUAUUGUGAUCACCGUUCCCGCUAUAUGGAAGGGAUAUGCGCGACAAAGCAUGCAGGAGGCUGCUGCAAAAGCUGGGCUUUUGGAUGAGCGAGAUGCAGGCAAAACCCAUUUAACGUUUGUUCCCGAGCCCGAAGCCGCUGCGUUGGCGACUCUUUCUGAGGAACAGAACGACGCUAAGCCUGGGGAUGUCUAUAUGAUCUGUGAUGCUGGUGGCGGAACGGUCGACUUGAUCAGCUACAAGAUAUCCCAGGUAAAUCCAAUUACCCUGGACGAAGCCGUUGAGGGAACAGGAGAGUCACUUGAGCUAGGUGGCCUAUGUGGCGGAAUUUUUAUUGACAAUGGAUUCGAGCGAAUCGUAAAGGCACGGCUGGGACGACGAUGGGAAAAGAUCAGCCAAAAUGGUAUCAAGGAGAUUCUGAAAGGUGAAUGGGAACAGUCAAUCAAACGUGGAUACAAGCCUCAGAAUGCCGAGAAAGAGUAUGCCAUCAGAAUCCCUGCGGAAGCAUUUGAAAACACAAGUCUGGACGACACAUCUCGCGAGCCGCAUAUCAAGAAAGGACGCAUUCAUUUCAAGGGGUCGCAUCUUCAGGAAGCCUUCACCGACUCUAUAGCUGGUAUUGACAAGCUGGUCGAUGAACAGCUCACCAAAUCCAAGGAGAAGAACAUACGUGUCAAGAGCAUCAUUCUCGUCGGUGGUCUAGGGUCAAGCCCAUAUGUGUACCAGCACUUGAAGGAUCGCCAUUCAAAGGCGGGAAUCACUAUUCUUCAAGCGUCAGGCAUAAGGCCGCGUACAGCGAUAUGCCGCGGUGCAAUCUACAGAGGCUUCCUCGAUGCCGAGAGUAUGAGCCACGAUGGUGACAAAGGGAUGAAAGGUCUCAAUGUCGAGUCGCCCAUUAGUGUCACAUCCACCAUUUCCCGCAUGAGUCUAGGAACUCCAUGCUACAGCAAGUACGAUCCGUCGAUACAUAGCAAAGAUGAGCUGGAAUGGAACUCGGACGAAGGCGAACACGGAGAAAACGUGUCAAAAAUCAAGCCUGUUCAACACUCCUUCUAUCGCCUAUUAAGAAAGGAUUUGAAAAGUGGCUUUUCCGAUGGGCUUUAUCAGUCUCCCAGCAGUGACCCGCCCCGUCGGCUUGAUGAGGGGGUUAAGAGAUUAUGCUCUGUCAAAUGCGCCUACAGCGUCCCAUUAGACAGUCCUAUUCUCAAGGAUAAUACUAGUGCGGACGGGAAAAGAACUACAAAGAGGUUGGAUUAUGUCUUGGAGAUGGUUCCUUCAGGAGCAGCUAUGGAAUUCAACUUCUACAUUGGUGAUGAGAAGCAGGGAUCUCAGAAUGUCAACAUUGAAUAUCAGUAG